AUGGAUAUACCUCGACUGUUCAAAACAGCUACACCGGAUCUGGUGGUGCGGAAGGUAUUUCGUAUCAAAACGCUCAGGCGGGAUGAUGAUGUAACGCCACGACCCAAAACGACGGAGCCACCGAUAGAAUUGACAGUGUGCUCGUCAGAGACAAAGAAAUUGAAUGAGGUAACGACGUCUUCAGUGGACACUUCCUCAACGGAUACUUGCACAACUUCCAGAAUGGAAGCCGGCGGGACUCCAUCGAAAGUUCCAGUCUUGGCAGUUGGAACCUAUCAUCGAAAAGAAGCAGCUCCUAUUCUGGCGGCGGCGGCAAUGCUUGAUAAUUCCAAAGCAACAACAUCAACUGCACAACCUUCGAUUAUGUCAACUUUAACAAAAGAUAAACAUAAAGAGCCCGCACCACCGUUACCUCAUCCAUCAGAGUGCGGGCAGCCGUGCGUUUCGGGACAGUCACAAAUGUUCCAGCACAGGACCACGAAUGCGCAAGGCCCACCGCCUAAUCGCCCUAUGCCACGGCCACCGGCAGGAAUGCCGAUGAUGACGUCAUCACACGAACAUGACUACACAAAUGAUUAUGAGGAUCCGGAGGAAAUGGCAAGAAGUCGUGGAGAAGGAUUUUCAAACCAUUUGCUCAUCAAAACGACACCGCCACCACAACCUCACCCCAACUUCAACUCCUAUGAAAUGUCCAUGUCACAACAGCGUCGUUCCCAGCAACACCAGCAGCCAAUGGCUCCACCACUUUCAGAUUGUUGGGGAAGUGGAGUUCAUGAUAGUGGUGUACUUCAUAAGAAUGCAGAUGGAGCAUAUUAUAUUCCAAGCGGUUCAUUACGAACCACAUCAUCAACCCUCUCACCAGCAUCUGGACAACGUUAUUUGGACCAACCUCAUACGUCUGGAGGAGCACCGAACCCAACGUAUUCGGAUGCAUCUACCACUUUGCUGAAAUACCCACUCGCAGCCGGAACUAAUCAGAAUAGAAGAAGGCAGCAAGUUGGCACUAUGAACAAUGGUGAUCCGGUGGCUGGUGGUCCCAUGGCUUUAUCGAAAAAGAAGAAAAAGUUUGACGACGAUAGCGACACGUGCUCCAGAUGGCCAUCCAAAUGGAAUAUUUUGCUAGCCGCCGCGCUUCUUGUUGCACUUUUUGUUAUUUGUAUUUUGCUUUUCCGUGCUCCAAACUACGUGUACACCCAACCUGCUCCCUCAUCAGACGCCACAUCAUCAGCUGCCGCCGCCGCCAGUCGAUAUCAAGAUCUUGGUCUUCGAGCCCUUCCGCCAGCAAUUAGUCUUGGUGAAAGAGUCGACGUGGAAUUUUUUCCAAAGUCUAUGGCAACAACAGAGCUCACCGUUACUAAGCCUUCACGGAUCCGAUUCAAUGCAACAGUUGGAUCAGGUGCUCAGCUGGUUCUUCUAAUGAGUGCUGGAGUUCACCCCAGUCUGAGUCUCCAUGAUGCACUUUUUCCAAUUCGUGCUGACAGGAUUCGUGACUCAAAAAGCCCUACUCAUAUUGUAGAAGAAUUUGGGUCACGAAGUCGACGUAGCCUCGGAGCUUCAUCGUCUCGACAUCGAAACAUUGAAAUUCUGUCCCCACGAAGUGCCACGUUUGAACAAUUCGUUCUUGAAGGACGUCACUAUCUGACAUUUAUCAACGAACGAAGCCGAGUUGAACCAAUUUCAUUCGUUGCCGAAGAACUUCAACGCCCAACAACUCCUCCGAAAACUUCCUCAUCUGGAACCUCAGGAGCAAAAGAGCAUCCAUUAGCAUCAGUUCUUGUAUGUGAAUCCAACUGUAAUCAACGUGGAGAAUGUGUUCAUGGAAAGUGUCAUUGUGCUCCUGGUUUCACGGGCCGAACUUGCGAUGAAGCUGUAUGUCCAGUCGUUUGCAGUGGAAAUGGAGUCUUCUCUGGUGGAAUUUGCGUUUGCAAGUCUGGAUUCAAAGGAAAGGAAUGUGAGAUGCGGCACAAUUGGUGUGAAGUAGCAGACUGUAAUGGAAGGGGACGAUGUGACACUGACGGAAGAUGCCGUUGUAAUCCUGGAUGGACUGGUGAAGCUUGCGAGCUUCGUGCAUGUCCACAUGCAUCGUGCCACGAUCGAGGUGUUUGUGUGAAUGGAACAUGCUAUUGUAUGGAUGGAUGGAGAGGAAAUGAUUGUUCAGUUUUUGCUGAUGCAAUUGUACAUGUCCCACAAGCACAGUCUCCACCGAGAAGAGGUCAAGAGCCAACGGAAUCAUCUAAAACUCGGAAGGCUCAAGUGAAACCGACUCCAACUUCUGAGAAGAAGAAAGAAAGCCGAGAGCUUCAAAAACCAAUAAUUGCCACAGUUCAAGUUCCUACAGAAUCAAGCCAUCCGUGCUCAGCUCAUGGUCAACUGAUUGAUGACAUAUGUCAGUGUGAGUCAGGUUGGGAUUCGGUAGACUGUUCUCAACAAGCAUGUCAAUGUGUUAAUGGAGACUGUCUUGAUGAUGGAUCAUGUCAAUGUUGGAAAGGAUGGAGAGGAUCUAACUGCACAGAUAAGAAAUGUGCGAUUGGAUGUGAAGAUCGUGGAAAAUGUGCAUCGGAUGGAUCAUGUAAAUGUUCUUCUGGUUGGAAUGGAGAAAACUGCGCCAUUGAUGGAUGUCCAAAUCAGUGUUCCGGAAAAGGCGAAUGUGGGAUGGAUCGUCGUUCUUCCGAAUGGUCAUGUCGUUGUCAAGCUGGAUCUACUGGUGUUGACUGUUCCGUUUCCGUUGAAAUGCAUUGUGAUGAUGGACUUGAUAACGACUCUGAUGGUCUUAUCGAUUGUGAUGAUCCGGAAUGUUGCUCAUCGUCAUCUUGCUCUUCUGAAUCUGUAUGUUCUACCGCAGCAUCUCCCAUCGAAGUUCUGAUGCGGAUGCCACCAAUAUUCAAUGCAAACUUUGCUCAAAGAGUUGGAUUUUUGAUAAUGGAAAAGUCAGUGCAAAGCUAUACGGAUUCAUCUCAGUUCAAUGAGAACUUGAUUUCUGUGAUUAGAGGACGUGUUAUGUGGGGUGGAUCUCCAACAGGUUCGGACGAUCUUUCCACAUAUUCCAAUAAAUCUACAGUUCCACUUGUCGGAGUCCGUGUCUCGGAUGCAGCUCAUCCACUUUACGGAUUCACCUUGACAAGAGAAGAUGGAUAUUUUGAUCUUACUGUCAAUGGAGCACGAAGUGUCACUCUUCAAUUUCUGCGAACACAAUUCCAGUCUGUCAAGAAGAGCGUUUUUGUUUCUCCCCGUCAAAUUAUUCACAUUGAUGACAUCGUGCUCUAUCGUCAAUCUGGAGGAUCACCACCUGCAAUAUCAAUGGCACCGGCACGCGCAAAAUGCUCGCCAACGUUGAGAAGAAUUCCAGAUGUUGUAUUGAUUUCUAACUGGCAGUACACAUCUGAUGGAAUUGAAACUGACGAAACCUCUGAUUCUUCUCGAAUUGUCGUUGAUUCUAGAUCAAUCUUCGAGUCAUUGCCAAUUCAAGGAACUGAUGUUCGACUUGUAUAUGAUUCUGCAAGAUCACCAGCUGCUCCAUCAACAAUGCUCAUAGGAUUAUUGUAUGAUCGAGUCGACAAGGAGCUGCGCAAAGUUCAUAUCAAUAUUCGGAUUGCCGGACGGCGGUUUGAUAGAGUUCUGGCUCCGCGUACCAAUCUCACUUAUGUAUUUGCCUGGGAUAAAAUGAAUGCCUACCGUCAAAGCGAAUCAGGAUUAGUUCCAGUAACAGUUCGAGUUGGAUAUGAAUACCAAGGAUGUGAUAGAACAAGUGAAAGGGUAUGGCAAACAAGAAGAAGUCAAAUGAUGGGAGCAACUGCUAGAAAAAUGAUUGGAACAAUGUGGACUCUUGAUAUACAUCAUCAUUUGGAUAUUGUUAAUAAUGUCGUCGAGAUGGGAAAUGGUGGAUACCGUUUAAUCACUGAAAGUGAGCCACGUGUCUCAACAUUUGCAGGACUUGAUGGCGUGAAACGAGAUGUGGAAUGCUUGAAAUGUGAAGGAAAAGUCGACUCAAUUUCUCUCUUCCGCCCAACUACAGUAGUUUAUGCUCAAGAUGGAAGCCUAAUUAUUGGAGAUCACAAUAUGAUUAGAAGAGUUUCACAGGACGGUCAAGUCUCAACGAUUCUAACAUUGGGAUUGGCAGAUACUUCACAUUCGUACUAUAUCGCGGUGUCACCGGUAGAUGGUACAAUUGCCAUUUCACUGCCACUUCAUAAACAAGUGUGGAGGAUUUCUAGUCUUGAACCACAAGAUUCUCGAAACAACUAUGAUGUACUGGCUGGAGACGGAACUGUUUGUGCUUCUGCAGUCGACUCGUGUGGUGAUGGAGCACUUGCACAGAAUGCCCAACUCAUUUUCCCCAAGGGAAUUUCUUUUGAUAAAAUGGGAAAUUUAUACUUGGCUGAUAGUCGUCGCAUUCGAGUCAUCGACACUACCGGACAUAUCCGAUCAAUUGGAGAAACAACACCAGAUCAGCAUCCGAUCAGAACUUGUGCUCAAAUUACAAAACUUGUCGAUCUUCAAAUGGAAUGGCCAACAUCUCUGACAAUUGACCCCAUAACUGGAUCUGUAUUAGUUCUCGACACAAAUGUUGUCUAUGAAAUUGACGUUGUGCAUGAUGUAGUUACAAUUGCUCUUGGCUCACCGACCACUUGUGAUCUUGCCAAUGCAACUUCCUCGGCUUCAGCCAAAUCACUUGAUCAUCGUCGUCACUUGAUUCAGAAUGCUCGUGACAUCACUGUAGGAACGGAUGGAGCUAUUUAUGUUGUUGAAUCUGAUGGAAGACGGCUAAAUCAAGUUCGAAAACUCAGCUCCGAUCGUUCUACAUUCUCCAUUCUCACCGGUGGAAAGAGCCCAUGCUCUUGUGAUGUGGCAGCUUGUGGAUGUGACGAUGCAGUUUCCCUCCGUGAUGUUGCAGCAUCUCAAGCUCAUUUGAGCUCUCCUUACGCGGUCUGUGUUUCUCCUUCUGGUGACGUCAUUAUCGCUGAUUCUGGAAACUCUAAAAUUAAGAAAGUAUCGGCCCGUAUGGCAAAAUACGAUGGACGUUCUCGAACUUAUGAAGUAACUGAUGCUGAGCGUCAGGAAAAAUACACAUUCAACCGUCAUGGACAACAUUCUUCUACCGUAUCUCUUAUCACUGGACGCACCUUUUUCAACUUCAGCUAUCAAGUUGACUCGCCAAUAUCUAUGAUUUCUGAGAUCAGAGCAGCAUCUGGAGUUGUUCUUCGUGUUCUGAAACGAAAUGAUUCACUCUUCGAUUUGGAAACUACCCUCGGCCAAAGAACUACAUUGACCAUGUCAGCAUAUGAUGGAACUUUGGAGCAAGUGUCCAAGAGAGAUUCUGCAACUUCAAGAGACGCAACAAAACUGUUUUACAAGAAAGGAUUGUUGACUUCGAGAAUAGAUGUAGCUACUGCAGUUGGAUUUGAAUAUGAUGAAUAUGGAAGAGCUAUUGGUCUGAAACGUGAUAGGGAAUAUUGGAGACUCGGAGAGGAAACGAUUUCUAUGGGAUCAGUGAACACUGAAGUACUUCUCAACGGACAACGCUUCCAACAAGUUCGGCUCGGUGAAGGAAAUCUUGCAGUUCAUUCCACAAAUGGUGCAACUACUCGCCUAAUUAGCCUGCGCAAUGAAGGAUACUCAUUGGCAUCACCACUUGGUACAUCAACACUUUACGACAAAAGCUCAAGUAUACCGGAUAGUAACGGGGAGCCAUUGAUAUCACGUCGAAGAACCAAAGUUCCUGCAAUCGGAAACCCACAAAGAAGAGAACUGACAACUCGAUGGGACUGGAGACACGUGGCUCGUCGUGGUGAUGAUUCGGAUGGCAGUUUGGGAAGACGAAAAGUGGCGGAGAUUAACGGUGUGAACAUGUUCUCAAUGGAAUAUGAUGUUAAAUCGAACCAAGAUACUCUUCGUCUUGGCUCAACAACUGAUGAUGCUCAAGCUCUUCUCUUUAUCGACUACACUUCAUCUGGACGCAUUCGUCGCAUUUCUGCCCCAGAAGAUUCUCAAAUGGCUGAGAUGAAUAUCACUUGGGAUGGAGCUGGAAGAAAAUCUGAAGUUACUUGGGGAUCUUGGAAGAUUCGUCUUACUUAUGACAAUUCAAACCGUCUUACUGAGCAUGCUAUUGAUGGAGCAAGAGUUCCAAUUAAAAUGAGCUAUGCAGGAGCUUCCAGGAGACCGAAUGAGAUUCAACAUGACGGAGCCAAAUGGAACAUUCAGUACGAUAACUAUGAUAGAAUCAAGGAAGUUAUCAGUAAAUCUCAAGAGGCUACAUCAUUCUCUUCAAUUGCGCUUGGUGGGGAUGAAUGGGUCCUGAAACGAAGAACCUCGUUAAACUCCAAGCCAUCACUUGUUAGAUUGAGUAGAGAAGGGAAAGUUCUAGAGUCGACAACACCUGAUGAAAAUCAUUAUUGGCUUGAGAGAAAAGACCCUAUUACUGGAAGAACUACUGAGAUAUUGAAUGACGAAGAGACUACUGUAGUGACAUGCUGGUCUCCAGAAGGUGCACCAAUGUGUUCUCGGAGCAGGAACCUCCAAGAAAAUACAACAAUGCAAGGACACCUGGUUGCUAGGAAAAGCGUAACAAUAAUGACACCAACAUCUUCAGAGCCUUCCAUAACUUCAUCGUUCACUUAUGAAUACGACGACAUGCUGCGCGUUACCACAAUUCAGCCAGUUAUCGAACAAUCCGUACUUGAAUCUAUUCAACUGUCUUACGAUGAACGUCGCGGACAUGUUGCAGCAAUCAAUGGAUUCAAAUGGGCGCGCGAUGCAUCGACUUCCCGUUGUCAAGGUCAUGGAUUAAUGUACGAAACUUCCAAGGCAAAUGAUCAUCGGCAGGUUGUUGAACGUAAGCUGAUCUUCGGAGAUGCGAGAGCUUCAAUUAAAAUAAUACGUGACAAAGCUGGAAGAGCUUCUGAAUCUCAUCUGGAGAUAUCUUCAUCAGGAACUCAACGGAAUCAGAAAAUCACAAGAACUUUUGAUGCUGCUGGACGUGUUGCAAGUGUCGAGCAGAAUGAUCAGGAACCGGUUCGAAUUAUUUGGAAUUCAGAUGCACGCGUUGAGAAAAUAAAUGAUAGAGUUGUGGAGUGGAAUCGAGGAGGUGCUCUGAAAACCUUCCAGGAUAUAUCUUACCAAGUCGAUUCUAUCGGAUGGGUUGUAAAGCGAGAUAAUACCACAGUGUUUGGAUACGAUGGAAAAGGACGACUUGUUUCGGCUCGUUCCAGUCAGCUCAGAAUCAACAUUUUUUACGAUAGAGAAGAUCGAGUUGUUCAAAUUCAAAAUUCGAAAGAUUUUAUUCACUUCUAUUAUGGAUAUAUUGACACUCCAAAGUUGGUUUCUCAUUUCUCAAAGAAUGGAAAAAUCUCAACAUUAUUUUACGACGACGAUUCCGUUCCAUUUGCAAUGCAAUCUGAUGAUGGAACUCGCUAUGCAUUGUUAACUGAUGAAACUUCCACCAUUAAAGCAAUUAUCGGAGACUCGAAUGUUCUUCGAAUCAUUGAUCGUUCAGUUUUCGGAGCUCUACUUCCUUCGUCAUCGUCUUCGCACCCAUUCCUUCCCAUUGGAUACCUCGGUGGAAUUGAAAUUUCUGAGAUUUCUGUGUCAAUUCUGAAUAAUGGAAGACCGUUGGAUUUAUACAGUGAACGUUACAUGUCAAUUUCUCCAGAAGCAGUAGUUCGACUUGAGCUUAACGAAAAGUUUUCGAAUUCUAUUGAUUUGAUGGCAUUGGAAAUUGACAGACAACCAUUCCGCGUUGAGAAUGUUCCAGAAGAUUUCGAAACAUGGUUUUCACUUGCCGGACUAUCGCCAAAUCUUCUCCCAUCAGCUCAUCUUGGCCUUCCAGCAUCAUCCGCUAUUGUUCACAGACUUUUGUCUUCUUUCCCUCGGAAGCUCCGCCCACUUACUCACUUGACUACCGUACUUCCAACACGAUUAGCCUCAGACAUAUCCCUGACAUCUCCAACUUCUGAAACUUCAUGGUCAAUUGAUGACGUUGGUUUCUCAAAUUUGUUAAUUUUGAACGAAGAUGCUACAACUGGAGAGGUUAUGGUUGAAAUGCUAUCUGAUUUGAAAUCUGAAGAACGCGAAGUCAUUUCAAAACUGUUUGAUGGAGUCAAAUCUCUUGAUUUUGCCACGUGGGGUCUGGUACCAACGCGUCAUUUGUGGAGAGCUCCGAACUCGAAGCUAGAGCUCAGCUCGACCUCAUUCUCACAUUUUACAAUGGCCGUGAACAAGGACAGUGUGGAGUUGAGAAACGGAAAAUCGAAGAUUGUUGUCCACUUUUCGGAAAAUAAAGCUGAAAUUGUUAAGAAAAUUGUGGAAGAGCUGAAGACACGCGAGAACAUUGCCGUUUGGCGUGCCGAACGGAAGAGAGCUGAAGCUGGAGAGAAAACGUGGAGACAAUGGAGUGAUCGUGAGACACGCGAACUAACUUCGAAAGGUUCUGUCUCUGGAUACGAUAUUGAGAUGAAGCCUGCCCACCAAUCCGGACUCCUCGCUAGUGUACAUUCAUGGAAGUUCCGAAAAUCUGAAUAG